GCCAUUCCACGGACUGCCGUCUUGGCUCAACGGGCUUCGAUGAGAUUUCGAGAGGCGUGUGGCCUCAACGCAGCGCCGCAGCGCCCAUGGUCCAACACCUGAGUGCCCGUUGCAGCCAGCUGCCGGGUGAUUCCUAUGACACCGUGGCGGAGACCGAUGAGGAGGGGGGCUUAAGCCACCGCUGGCGUCAUCCGGCCCCUCCUUCCGAUGGCCAGCGGAUGGCCGGCAGCUUGCGACGGAUUGCCAUGGUGGGCACUGCCCUGGUGCUGGGAGUCGCUGCGGUCUAUGCACUGCGGCAGACAGCCCGGAGCGGCCUGGGUGAGUCGCUGCUCUCGGCGCAGCAGCUGAUGGGCAUCAAGGCACCCCAGUGCCUGAGGGAUGAGGAGGAGUUCGCGGGCCUUUGUUACAUGAAAUGCUCCUUGUUGACUGGUGGUCGUGCACCCUUUCGCGUGGCCGCAAGUGCGUGUUGUGUGAACGACAACCAAUUCUUUUGCAGCCUGCUUCAAAGUCAGCAAGCCAUCUCAAACAGUUUGUCCGUGGGCGGCGGUGCGGCCAUCCACAACAACCCCCAUGCCCCCGGCGUGGGCGGGAUCUGUGCUCUGGUGGAGGAAGCGUACCAGGGCCUAUGCUAUCCCAAGUGUGCAGACUUGACCGACGGGAAAUCUGCGCACCGUGUGGGUGCUUUUGCAUGUUGUGCUGGUAGUAGAGUGGAGUGCCUCAAUGGCAAAGGCACCAUCUCUACCAGUCCGGAUUUUGGAGGUUCGGUGAUCCCGGAGGCCAAAGAUACCGGGAGAUCGUACAAGGCGAUCAACAUCAUGGAUGCCAGGUGCGACCACGAUGAGGACGAGUUCAAUGGCUUAUGCUACACCAAGUGUAGCGAGCUGACCUAUGGAAAGAGCACCUUGCGCACGGGUCCUGGAAGCUGUUGCAACUGCGGCAAGGGCUUUUUCUCGGGCUUGUGUUGCAUGAUUCCGUGGAAUGUGGUCACAGAUCCCAGCUUUACGGUGGGCAUGUCCAGCAAUGGAGAGCCUUCAGAUCCGCAUCCUCCGGGGAUGCAGGUGAAAUGCUCCUCCGAAGAAGAGGAGUUUGAAGGCAUUUGCUAUGAGAAAUGCUCCACAUUGACGAAAGGUCAGAUGCCCUAUCGUCUCUCGUCGGUGGCCUGCUGCAAGUUUCCAGGGCAGGCGGCCUGUCACAACCUGCAAAAUUCAGUGGUGAACAUCAACUUGGACAAGAGUCAGGAUCUGAGCAAUGCUUUGCCUCAUGCUCCGUACAUGAGACCUGAAACCGACUGAGCGCCGGGGCAGCCGUUUCACCCAAAAACCCCAAGCGACGCAUUCUCCAAACGGGAGAUCGAAAGUGCUGGCGCAUCAAA